ACAUCACACAUAAAUGCUUCUUUCCUUAAAAAAAACACAAUCAAAUUGAAGAGGACAAAUGCAGUGGAAAAAAUUGGAGGACGGUGAGAAGACAUACUGUGUGACUGGAGCAACUGGCUACAUCGGAUCAUGGCUGGUCAGCUCUCUCCUCCAAAGAGGCUGCACUGUUCAUGCCACUUUCCGCAAUCCCGAAAAGGUAUCUCAUUUCUUGAAGGUGUGGCCAAGCAGGGAGAGGUUGAGGCUCUUCAGGGCUGAUUUGCAGGAGGAUGGCAGUUUUGAUGAGGCGAUACGAGGCUGUGAUGGCGUGUUUCAUGUCUCAGCCUCGAUGGAGUUUGGGGUGUCGUCUGCUAUACAAGAUCUCGAUAACCAUGUGAAGAAACAGAUCACAGAUCCAGCUAUUGGAGGGGCUCUCAAUGUACUAAAAUCUUGCUUAAAAGCCUCUGCUACCGUUAAGAGGGUUGUGUUCACAUCAUCAAUAAGCACGUUGACCGCAAAAGACAGCUCGGGAAAAUGGGUACCUGUAGUAGAGGAGUCAUGCCAGACACCCGUUGAUCAAGUUCUCAAGACUAAAGCCAGCGGCUGGGUGUAUGCGUUGUCCAAGCUUUUGUCAGAAGAGGCGUCGUUCCAGUUCUCGAAGGAGAAUGGUAUUGAUCUGAUAUCGGUCAUAACAACAACUGUUGGUGGUCCUUUCCUCACUCCCACAGUCCCAUCGAGCCUUCGAGUCCUAAUUUCCCCUCUAACAGGUGAUCCGAACUUUCUCCCUAUAUUUUCUUCUGUUAACGCAAGAAUGGGAUCGAUUGCUUUGGUUCACAUCGAAGACAUAUGCAAUGCACAUGUAUUCCUCAUGGAGCACGUCGAUGCUGAAGGGCGAUACCUAUGCUGUGCCCGGAGUUGUGUAGCAUCCGAACUGACCGGGAUCCUCAAAAAAGUGUAUCCUUCUUCAGUUGCACUCAGGGAUGAGGGCGUCGCAAAGGACUUAUCAGCCCCGAGCAUAAUCUCUUCGAAGAAGAUUAGAGAGAUAGGAUUUGAGUUUAAGCAUGGUGUUGAAGAUGUGAUCAAUGAAACUGUCAAGAGCUGUGUGGAUUGUGGAUUUCUACCACCCCUUUGAAGGUGAUGAUAAUAGAGGAAAUGUGUGCAAGUGUAGAGAAACAGGGUCAGUGGCCCGAGUUGCGAAUUCGUGAUCAAUAAUAUGUCGACACGAUUCUAAGGGUGCAUUCUCUUUAGUUGCGAAUUUAUCAUAAGAAAAUAUAGAAAAUUUUAUGACA